AUGAAGCCGGGCCAUGCUCUAGGCUUUGGCUUCCUCGCCUUGGCUGCAGCCAUCCCCCUGCUGAAGCGUGAUUACGAAAUCGGCACAGCUCCCGUCCGGGGCGUCAAUAUCGGAGGCUGGCUCGUUCUGGAGCCAUGGAUCACUCCUUCAAUCUUCCAGCAACUCCCCCAGUCUGCUGGCGUCGUGGAUGAAUACACGCUCGGUGAGAAAAUUCCCAAUGCCAGGGAUAUUCUAAGAACCCAUUGGGACAACUGGGCCACUCUCGCCGACUUUCAGAAGAUUGCAGACAAUGGCUUCAACGCUGUCAGGAUCCCUAUCGGCUAUUGGGCGUUCAAAAAUUUCGACCAAGAGCCCUACGUCCUCGACGCCCAGCAGGACCACCUCGACAGCGCCCUGGAUUGGGCGCGUCAGACAGGCCUCAAAGUCUGGAUCGACCUUCACGGCGCCCCGCUCUCGCAAAACGGUUUUGACAACUCGGGCAAACGUACCGACACGCCGGCUUGGACGAGUGGUGACUCCAUCGCGGCGACUGUCGAGGUCAUCAGCAUGAUAGCGGACAAGUACGCCGCUCCAGCCUACGCCGACGUUGUUGUCGCCAUUGAGCUGCUCAAUGAGCCACUCAUGUCGAACUUGCCGGGCGGUCGCGGCGCUACGCAAGCUUACUACCAGACGGGAUUCGACGCCGUGCGCAGCGCGGCUGGGGAAACCGAAGGCGCCAUGGUUGUCAUUCAGGACGGCUUCGCCAACCCGCCGACGUGGAACGGCUUCCUGGCGGGGAACGGUGUGUCGGGCGCCAUCGUCGAUCAUCAUGAGUACCAGGUCUUCACAGACGCUCUGGUAGCUAUGAGCCCGCAGCAGCACGCUGAUGCAGUGUGCGGCAGCGCUCAGGCGUGGGGGACGGGCCAGGACAAGUGGGUCGUCGUGGGCGAGUUUACCGGUGCAAUGACAGACUGCGCGCCUGCUCUCAAUGGCUACGAAGUUGGCGCCCGCUAUGACGGCACUUACAGUAAGCAAAAUGCCGACGGCAGCUUCACGAGCUCCACGUUCCACGGCUCGUGCGCCACGAUCAACUGGAUCGACCAAUGGUCGGAGCAGAACAAGACCGACACCCGCAACUACAUCAACGCCCAGCUCGACGUUUUCGAGCAGAAAACCCAGGGCUGGUUUUGGUGGAACUUCAAGACCGAAGCCGCCGCCGAAUGGGACCUCUUCAGACUCAUCGACGCUGGUGUCUUCCCAAAGCUCGACGGUAGGGCACGCACGGUGACAUGUUCGUGA